UUUAGUGCCGCUUGAAGCCUCGUCGAUGCAGCUAAAGGUGCUUAUGUUUCUUUUUUUUAUUUCUCUGGUGUAUAAAAUUACAAAAUAGAGUAAAUAUGCAAAAGUUUUUAUUACUAGUUUGCGUCUCGAUUGGAAUAAGUGACACAGUUUUGGUCGAGUCGGCCGCUACAGUACCGGAGAGUCAUAAUGUGAUUUGGGGUGCGCGCAGCUCACGUGACGUACUCAUCAAGCGUGAGAUAGUUAAAGAAACAUUCAAGCCAUUGCGUAUUGUCUCGAGUGAUUAUGAAUUCAAGCAGAAGUCCGAUCGUAAUCCUUAUCCACGCACUAUUACCCAGAUAGUCGUUACUGAUCAAUAUACCGAUGGCGAUGGUGGCUAUGCAACACUAAAGAGCGGUGGCCCAGGAAUGGAUUUUGCUGUUAUACAUUUGAAGAGUCAACGUGGUCAUGGUUAUCAUUUUACUAUUGAUAUUUAUGGACAAUAAAAGCACGCCCUAUAUUAGACCGGAUGAAAUAAUUUGAA